CUCUAAUCAACUGACAAGUGCAAGACCAAGACAGCUGCCGAUACAACGGCCUGGCUGGGGAGACGAGAAAUCCCAAGCCACCUGUGACAUCAAGAUCAAACACGCUGAACUGGCUGAACUGCGGUUUGAUCUUCUCACGCUGCUGGCGGCGGCAGGCGUCCACCCUUCACGGCAGGAAUCUGUCAUCCGCCUCACCUGCACCUUCUUCAGGAAGACGGGGCAGCUGACGCGCCUGUGAAGCCCUCACAGGACGACACCACCAGGGCACAGCCCUGCCAGUGCUGUGCAGAAAAGGGGGUCUGAGGCGGUGCUGUGCUCAGCGUUCCCUGCGUCCUCACUGCCACUGGCCUCUGUUCUAGUGGAGGUUGCAAGGCCGGGCAGCAGCCUGAGUGCCCGGGACCAGCAGGAGCAGACUGUCUCUGUUGUGAGGGUCAAGGGUGAUCAGGAGAGACACCACCACCUCCACUUUGCUGCUGGCAUCUCCAGCCAUAAAGGAAAGGGAAAGUUUGAAUGCAAGAAGACUUGAGACAGAACAAGUACACUAGACACAGCCUUGCACACACUGGGGAAGGAAACCAUGUGUGCCAAGAGUGUGGGAAAAGACUCCCUGGGAAGGGUGACCUCACCAAGCACACCCACAUACUCUGGAGGAAGACCUCAUGAAUGCCGUGAGUGUGGCAAAAAGUUCAGUAGGAAGAGAUACCUCAACGCCCACACCCUUGCACACACUGGUGAAAGACCUCACGAAUGUCAAGAGUGUGGCAAAAAGUUCAGUAGGAAGAGUGCCCUCAAGACACACACCCUUACGCACACUGGUGAAAGACCUCAUGAAUGCCAUGAGUGUGGCAAAAAGUUCAGCCAGAAGAAUGUCCUCAACACACACACACUUAAACACACUGGUGAAGGACCUCACGAAUGCCAUGAGUGUGGCAAAAAGUUCAGUAGGAAGAGUCACCUCAGCGCACACACCCGUACACACACUGGUGAAAGACCUCAUGAAUGCCAUGAGUGUGGCAAAAAGUUCAUUUCUAUGUCUAUGUUGAACAAGCACAUCUUCAGACACUCUGGCCUUAGAGAGUUCAAGUGUGAUGUUUGUAAGAAACAUUUCAAGACAAAGUCGGAAAUUGCCAAACACAUGAAGAUCCACUUCCCCUGAGGUGCUGUGUUCAGUGUGUUGUGCUGCUAUAUGUGUUAGGCUUGUAUGUGUGUGUCCACGACCAAUUAUUAUUAUUAUUAUUAUUAUUAUUAUUAUUAUUAUUAUUUCGUAUUAUUAUUAUUGUAGUGAAUGAUGAUGUAAUGUGUUAGAAAGAGGUGUGUAAACAAACAUACAGAUGUACGUUUAGAGAAAAAGAAAAGUGAACUUAAAAGAAAAUAAAUAAAAUAGAAAAGUAUUUAAGAAAAAGAACAUUAAGAAAAUUAAAUGAAAAAAAAUUAAAUGAAAAUAAUGAAAAUUUAAAUAAAAAACAUGAAAAUGAAGGAAAAAGAAAACAAGGAGAAAAACAAGGAAGGAAAAGAAUGAGGAAAAGAAUAAAGGAAUAAGAAAAGAAAUAGAAGGAAAACAUUAAAAAAAAGCAUAAAAUGAAGGAAAAUGGAGGACAAAGAAAAUAACACGAAGCCUUUCUCAAGUUGAAGAAUUUAUUACAAAGACGAAAUAACUGUUUGUGUGUGUGUGUAUGUAUGUAUGUACGUACGUACGUCUGCAUGUUUGUUUACACACCUCUUUCUAACACAUUACACCAUCAUUGUCACUCCAAUAACAAUAAUAAUAAUUGGUGGUGGACACACAUACAAGCCUAACACAUAUAUACCAGUAUACUUCUUCCUCAAACUUUUCCUCCUCUUCAGUAUUCAUAUUUCUCAAUAUACUUGUGUUUACCUAGUUGUAAUUUUACAGGGCCUGGGCUUACGCUCGUGUGGUCCCGUCUUUGUAUCUGUAUUUGUCCAACCUUUUCUUAAAGUUUUGCACACUUUGCCGAUACUAUAUCCUCACUUAGUAUGUUCCAAACCUCUAUAUUUCUUUGUCUCAAGCAUCUUCCCUUCCUCAAUUUUUUACUGUGUCCUCUUAUUGUUCCUGGUGUUUAUUCCUUCUCUUAGUAGUAACUCCUCAUUAUCUACUUCCAUUUUAAUCAAUAAUUUAUAAAUUUGUAUUAGGUCUCCCCUUUCUCUUUUUUGUUCCAGUGUUGGUAGGUCCAUUUCCUUUAACCUUUCAUCAUAUAACAAUCCCUCCCAUUCUGGAACCAUUUUUGUUGCCAUCCUUUGUAUUCUUUCUAGUUUUUUAUGUGUUUCUUCUUAUGGGGAGACCACACCACCUCCACAUAUUCCAAUAUUGAUCUAAUCAUAGUGGUUAUUAACUUUUUCAUCAUAUCCUUAUCCAUGUAGUGGAAUGCUAAUCCUAUAUUUCUCACCAUUUUAUACGUAUCACCGAAUAUCCUAUUAACAUGACUCUCAGGCUGUUGAUUAUCUUGUAUUGUCACUCCCAGAUCUCUCUUCUUGAACUUUCUUUAAUAUUUCUCCAUCUCCCAUUUUAUAUGUCCAUUUUGGUCUCCCUCCACUCUUUCCCAUUUCCAUUACAGAACAUUUCUUCACAUUGAAUUCCAUCUCCCAUUUCAUACUCCAUUCCCAACUCUUAUUCAGGUCAUCUUGCAGAAUUUCACAGCCUUGACUGACUUGACUGUUUCUUAUAUGUCUUAGCAGUUUUUCAUCAUCUGCAAACAGGCUCAUAUAACUGUUUACUCCCUCUGCCAUAUCAUUUACAUUCCUAAGAAAAGUAUGUGAGUGUGUGUGUGUGCAUUUACCUAGUUGUAGUUUUACAGGGCCUGGGCUUACGCUCGUGUGGUCCCGUCUCCAUAUCUGUAUCUGUCCGACUUUUCCUAAAAGUUAUGCACACUCUUCGCCGAUACUACAUCCUCACUUAGUCUGUUUCAAAUCUCUGUUUCUUUGCAGGAAGCUAUAUUUCUUAAUGUCUCAAGCAUCUCCCUUUCCUCAAUUUUUUACCGUGUCCUCGUGUGUUGCUGGUGUUUCUUCCUCUCUUAGUAUAACUCAUCGUCUACUUCUUCCAUUUUAAUCAAUAAUUUAUAAAUUUGUGUUAGGUCUCCCCUUUCUCUUCUUUGUUCCGGUGUUGGUAGGUCCAUUUCCUUUAACCUUUCAUCAUAUAACAAUCCCUCCCAUUCUGGAACCAUUUUUGUCGCCAUCCUUUGUAUUCUUUCUAGUUUAUGUGUUUUUCUUAUGGGGGGACCACACAGCCUCUGCAUAUUUGUGUGUGUGUGUGUGUGUGUGUGUGUGUGUGUGUGUGUGUGCAUGCAUGCAUGCAUGUGUGCUUUGAAAAUAAAACCAUCAAAAUCUUUUAUAAUUCAUGUACCUACUUUGCAUCAUGGUGAGUAAUGUCAGACAUGCUUGUAUAAGGAAGAAUUACAUGGAUGUUGAGAAAAAUUAACU